AUGUACAUAGAAUUCGAACAUCCGAAGAAAAUUUUAUCUGAAAAAAGCAAAGAAAUUAAGGAUGAUUUAUAUAAAUCAGCAAAGAGUGAUAAGCUUGGCAUAACUUUAACAUUUGAUGGUUGGAAAAACGUUGUUCAUCAGAAAUUAUUAGGUGUUGUGUUAAUUAAUUCAUGUGGAAAAAAUCUUAUUUGGGAUGUUAAAGACAUAAGUGGUGACCUUCAGAACUGGAAUGUUGUUUAUAAAUAUGCAACUGAUUUAUUUGAAGAAUUAAGAACCCAAGAAAUUAAGAUCCUGAGCUUGGUAACAGAUUCAGCAUCAGAGAAUGUUGCAGCAAGUGCAAUUUUUAGACUUCGUGGAUUUUCCACAUCAAAAUCAACUUCAACAUUAGCACCAAAUAAAAAUACACUUAAAUUCAACCCAAUAAAAUUAAUUGGGGAUUCAACAACAUCAACAGAUGAAAUGUCAAUGGAUUUAAAUGAUUCAACGCUAUCAACAGCCAAUCAAUCAUCAUCAUCAGAACCAGUAACAGCAACUUUAGGAAUAGCUAUUGAACCUAUUUCAAUAGUAGAAGCUGAACUUGCAACUUUACCACCAAGCAAUUUAUCAAACACAAAUUCUGCUACAAAUAGUACCACAAUACCAAAUUUUGAUCUUAUUAAUCAAAUUACUAUGAACAUACUAAAAAAUCUUUAUAAUUAUGUUACUUCAUUUGCUACAACUUCAAUUCCUUUUGGUUCUGAUGCUAUUGGAACUGGCAAUUCUUUUUUAUCAUUAAAAUUAUUUCAAGAAUGGUAUGAUAGUUAUACUAGAAAAGUAAAGAUGGAUCCAAAUAUGGUAUUAAAAGAGGACAAUCCUUUGUAA